AUGUUCCACUUUAUUGUUAACCCAAGUAGUCAAAGCGGAAAAAGCAAAUCUCUCUGGAAGCUUAUUGAGAGGGAACUAAAGGAGCACCACAUCGAUUAUAAAGUCCACUACACUCGCUAUGAGUACCAUGCAAUCCAACUUGUCCAAGAGAUCUGUAAGGAAAAAGGUUUUAAGACCAUCGUUGCACUUGGAGGUGAUGGAACCGUUAGUGAGGUAGUUAACGGAAUUACAGACUUCGAUAAUGUUAAAUUUGGUUACAUCCCAACAGGGUCAAGUAACGACUUCUCACGUGGUUUAGGACUUCCCACUAAGUUUAAGAAGGCCUUGGAUACAGUUUUGUACUCUAAGAAUUACAAAGAAAUCGAUGUUGGCUGCCUUGACUUUGGAAACAACGAAACACAAAAAUUCGGUGUUUCAUGCGGCAUGGGAUUUGACGCUGCCGUUUGCAUGGAAGCCUACUCAUCACCCAUCAAAGACUUCUUAAAUCGUAUCCAUAUGGGCUUUUUCACAUAUACUGUAAUCGCAGUCAAGAACAUUUUUACUUACAAGUGUUCUAAGAUCACCAUUACAUUCGAUGAUAAGGAUACACGCGUUUAUGACCGUUGCCUCUUCCUUUCAUCACUUAAUGGCCCAUGUGAAGGUGGUGGCUUGCGCCUUGCUCCACAUGCUAACCCAUUCGAUGAAUAUCUCGAUGUGUUCGUUCUGAAUACAGAUAAUAAGGUCAAGAUUUUAUUAUUCUUCCCCUUAGCUUAUCUGAAUUGUCAUAGUGCCCUUAACUACUUCGAUGAAGUUGAUAUUGUAAGAUGCAAGAAGCUUCACAUUGUCUCAGACGUACCUCUUCCUGUCCACAGAGAUGGCGAACCAUGCAAAUACCGCACAGAUGUUACAAUCUCACUUCAAAAGAAGAAGCUCAAAGUUUGCACACCAUAA